AUUUGAAUCGCGGCGGCGGGUGGGGGAGCAGUGCGGCUUGGUACCUGCUGCUAUGGGGGUCUCCGGCAGUGCCCCAGCGACCCCCGCCGCUCUCCGCAACAAGCACCUGGCGCACGUCACCGACCCCCGCUCCCCCAGCGCUGGUAUCCUGCGCACCCCUAUCGAGGUGGUGAGUUCCCCGGCGGGCAGCCCUCAGCCCGGCUCCGCCGAGCCGGCGGUGGGUGCCAGCCAGGACCGGGACCCGCGUUCGCCCACGCCCGGCAUCUCCCGCACGCCUAUGAGAGCCGCGUCGAGUGACAGCGUGGACUACCUGGUGAAGCAGCUCAGUGAGGCCUUCGGGGCUGAGGCGGCGCCGCCGGGAGCGGCCUGCCCCACCGAGAAGCCGGCAGCGGAGGAGCCGGCCCGGCAGAGCUCUCCGCCCGCGGGCGGCUCGGAGGCGGCCGCCGCCUCGGGGGAAGAGGCGGAGAGGUCGCCCUCUUUCAGCGUGGCCCCGGCUCGGCCAGCCCGCGUUGCUGGGCCUGGCUUCUCCUCGGGGAGCAAGCCUGUAAGACGCAAGACCAACAACAAAAUAAUGGCAUCAUCUGGUGGAACUUGUCGUUCUCCUCUCAGCAUCCUACAAGAUGAUAAUUCCCCCAGUGCUCCUGUCCCUCGCCAGGGUAAGAGGCAUGUGUUGGGAGAGAGCCUUGGGGAGAAGAAGGAAGUGACAGUGGAUCUGAGCAGGAGCCUCAAAUCUGGGAACUGUGCUUGGAGUGACUUGAACAAAGAGAACCAACAGUGUCCUUUUGUGGAGAACUAGAUAUCUCCUUUUCAAGAUCUUGCUGUAAUGUGCUGCUAUGUUUUGAGAGUCUUCUAGGGGCAAGAAAUCCUGCAAUAGACUGAAACUCCAGAUUUGUGGUCAUUCUUCUCACCUAUCCUUGUUGGGAAAAGAGAACUCUCUCCUAGCUUUGCAUGUCUUAUGUACAGCAUGGACUUUGGCUCUUCUAUUGUAUAUUAGCUAUAUUUACAUACUGUAGAGUUUUUAUCUGUAGUAAAUAAACUUGUAUUAAAACCUUU